AUGAGAUUCGGGAUUGUUGAGGCUUACGAGAUUGCUGAGGCCUACGAGAUUGCUAAGGCCUAUGAGAUUGCUAAGGCCUACGAGAUUGCUAAGGCCUACGAGAUUGUUGAGGCCUACAAGAUUGCUAAGGCCUAUGAGAUUGCUGAGGCCUAUGAGAUUGCAGAGGCCUACGAGAUUGUUGAGGCCUACAAGAUUGCUGAGGCCUAUGAGAUUGCUGAGGCCUACGAGAUUGCUGAGGCCUAUGAGAUUGCUGAGGCCUAUGAGAUUGCUGAGACCUACGAGAUUGUUGAGACCUACGAGAUUGCUGAGGCCUAUGAGAUUGCUGAGGCCUACGAGAUUGUUGAGACCUACGAGAUUGUUGAGGCCUAUGAGAUUGCUGAGACCUACAAGAUUGUUGAGACCUACGAGAUUGUUGAGGCCUACGAGAUUGCAGGGGCCUACAAGAUUGUUGAGACCUACGAGAUUGUUGAGACCUACGAGAUUGUUGAAACCUACGCGAUUGUUGAGGCCUACGAGAUUGCUGAGGCCUACGAGAUUCCUGAGGCCUACGAGAUUGCUGAGGCCUAUGAGAUUGCUGAGGCCUACGAGAUUGUUGAGGCCCACGAGAUUGCUGAGAGCUAUGAGAUUGCUGAGGCCUAUGAGAUUGCUGAGGCCUACGAGAUUGCUAAGGCCUACGAGAUUGUUGAGGCCUACAAGAUUGCUGAGGCCUAUGAGAUUGUUGAGGCCUACGAGAUUGUUGAGGCCUACGAGACUGCCUGCUUCUGA